UGGAACGUCGAGUCGGAAUGCGGAAUGUAAACGUCCCGUCUGCUCAAAAAUCUACAGAAAAUUUAUAUUGAAAACGGAAACUAUCGAACACGACAGAGCUCAUUUAGUCCGGCCAACUCAUCAAAGAGAGGUUAUGAUGCAUCUGGUGGUUGACGAGCGGAAUUAGCCGAGAGGACUGAGUGAUAUACCAUUUGGUGUCUUCGAACAUGUCGAAUCAAUAAUUACCCUACCCGUCAUGGCGGACGUAUUUAAAACCGGUCCCGUAGACAUAGGGCAAAAGGACUCGCUUGCAACAGCCAUUGAGUCAUUGGAUUCCCUCAAUGACCAGAUCGUCCAGUUCAUGUUCACGCCCAAGUCGUCGGAAUGCGACGUCAGCACGCCGGUGAGCGAGUCGGUGCACCCGCCGGCCAGGGACUCCCUCAAGGCCAGCCUGGCGCUGAUGCGCCGGCUGCUGGUGGAUGCGCAGAUCAAGUACAGGCAGAUGGCAGAGGAGAACAAGAGACUGUCGUGCACAAAGCCGGAGAAGCCUCAACAGGUUACAGUGACUGAACUAACUGACACCAACAAGAGACUGAGUUACUUCAGUGCCGAUGGAAGCACAGGCAGCAGUCCCGAUAACGACAAGGGAAACUCAGAAUGGGAGAAGCAGCAGGGAGAGAGCGAGCUCCAGAGACUGAGAGACAGGUGCUGCCACCUAGAGCGGGACAACAUGACCCUGAUGAAGCAACUGGACGACCUGCGGGCGCUGGACCACAGCCACGUGGAGAUACCCAGCGCCGGGGAGCUAAAAAUCCAGCUGACGCAGACGGAGCACGAUCUGGCGCGAGCGAAGGAGGCCCUCACAGCGAUGAAGUCAGAUCGUAAGCGGCUGAAGGGGGAGAAAGUGGACCUGCUGAACCAGAUGAAGCAGCUCUACUGCACCCUGGAGGCCAAGGAGGAGGAGAUGCGGGACUUCAUCCGCAACUACGAGCAGCGGGUCUCGGAGAGCGACGAGAGCCUGCGCAAGGUGAUCGCCGAGAAGGAGGAGGUGGAGAAGGACCGCUGGGAGAUCUUGAAGCGGGCCCGGGAGGCUGCCGAGCGAUCGGUGUCGUUACGGGAGCAGCUGGACAGGAGAGAAAAGGAGAACGAGGCCAUGGAACAGGAAAUAGACAAGUUGAAGGAGCAGUUGACGGCAGAAAGACGCAGCUUCCACCAUCCCCAAACACCCACCAUCACGCUGACCAGCACCCCGGCCACCACGCCGGAUAUGGCCGACCUGGGCUUCCCCCACCUGCACCGGCCGGUGUCCAAAGCCAACAGCCAGGCUUCCACGUCCCUGUCGGACCACCUCCCCGCAUCAUCGCUGGCACAGAACGACUUGGUGUCUCAGCCGGAUGUUUCUGACGUCACACUCGGCGAAAGCACCAGCACGGAGCAUCUGCUCUCCACGACGUCGGACGGCACGGCGCGGUCCAACGAGGACAUCCCCUACGAGGUCACUGUGCCCCGAGGCGGGGAGAAGAAGAAAAAGCCCAAGAAGCAGUCCAAGAAGUUCAACUCCCUCUCCAAGAUUUUCGGCAAGAAGAACAGGUCGGCCCUGGAGCAGCUGGUCUUUGAUGACACUCACAUCGCGAGGAACAGCUCGUCCAUUUAUGACAGCACGCUAGACGACCGCGAGAAGCUCCGUCUGGCCGAGAAGUGCCGGAACACCCCCAUGACGCAGUGGAAGGCUGACAUGGUGGUGUCGUGGCUGGAGAUCACCAUGUGCUUGCCGCAGUACAGCCAGAAUUGCCAGGAGAACAUCAAGAGCGGGAAGGUCUUGCUCGGGCUCUCGGACGCCGAGCUGGAAUCCGGCAUGGGAGUAAGCAACGUCCUGCACAGACGCAAAGUCCGACUUGCCAUCGAGGAGCACAGGCCAGGAGUCGAAAUCAUCUUCCCGAAGGCGGGUGAUCUGGACCACCGCUGGGUGGCCCGGACCUGGCUGAACGACCUCGGCCUUGGCCAAUACUCGCUGCAGUUUGAGUCGGAGCGGAUCGAUGGCCGAGUCCUCAACAGCCUCACCAAGAAAGACCUGGAGAAGCACCUCGGAAUCACCCGGAAAUUCCACCAAGUCAGCUUACUUCACGGCAUCGAAUUGUUGAGAAGGAUCCAGUUUGAUAAAGGGGUUCUUGUGGAGAGGCGGACACAGUGCGAGGACAUGGACUGUGACCUGGUGGUGUGGACCAGCCAGCGAUUGAUCAGAUGGGCACGCAGCAUUGAUCUCAAGGAGUACGCGGACAACCUUCUGGACAGCGGCGUGCACGGCGCUCUGAUGGUGCUGGAGCCAUCGUUCGACUCGGACGCCAUGGCCAAUGCUCUGGGCAUUCCUUCCAGCAAGACCAUCAUCCGACGGCACUUGACCACUGAGCUCAACUCCAUUCUUAUUCCUGCCAGAGCAACUCAAGACGUAUUCAGCGGCGCCGGAGACAGUCGUCCCAGGAGGAGCAGCGGAGGGGGGACGCUGGGCCGGUCCUUCCAGAGAUCCUACACCAGUCCCCACGACGAGAAGGCCCGAUCCAAGCCAACGUUCCGGGGCUCCUUGGGCAGGGCCUUGGGCAGAAAGCUACGGCAGGAGAUCGGCUACUCGUCCAGCUUCAGCGGCGUGCCGGAGCAGGUCCGCGCCAGGUCACGUAGUCAAGAGCUGGAGAGCACCAUGGUCUGAGAAAAACAAAUAAAUGGACUCGUAAGCCGCGUCUGAUGAGUUAUGGCUGUGACUGUGAGUAACACAUGCAUUUGUGGGCGGUGGCGCCAGCCGCUAGCCAGUGACACCCAUAGAACGUGCAUUUCGUAGCCAUAGCCGUAACACUGGGACAAAGCCUAAGCAUACCUCAGUAUUCCUGAAGACGUUGAGUUCAUUACUUACCUACUUGUCAUAUUCAAGCAACCGUAUUUUUUUCUUCCGAAGUCAUAUUUUGCCAUGGAAUUUAUUUCUUCAAAAGUAGACAAUGAGGCAGGUUUGGUGAAUCCAGCGUGUACAAAAAGGGUGUGUCUGGCGUUCACAAACGGUCCGGGGGGAUCCAAAAAGAGGCGAACCCAAUCACUUGAGCGGGGCGUAAUUUUCAUGAUGAGUUUUGCCCCCGAAUUUAUCAACGAACCAAUUGAGAACUAAAUGAGCGAAAAGUUGACUCCUUUAAAAAAUAUCCAAAGAUUAGGGGUUGGGGUGUGCAGGGCAUUCCCCCUUCAAGAUUUGCUACUGUCAAGAACUUCAUAUUUCUUCUCUUGUGCUUUCCUUUGCUUGUACUUAAACUCUUUUUUUUUCCUAACUCCUAUCGCAUGAUUUGUGCUGUUGCCAAGACGAGUUUCCAUCUUCAAACCAAGUAUACUAUUAUAUAACUUGUUCCCUUUGAUUGGGGUACAGUGGACGCCAUAAAAUGCACACACCCACAUCCAUACCAAUGUUCUGGUUGAGUACAUUUUAUCAAGGACGAGUCCUUUACCAUGAGUAUGUGAUAUUUUUCCAUGCGAGUAUGAGUACCUAUGCAUUUUCUUGAGUAUGAGUCAAAAAAGUACGAGUUUGAGUUUUAAAACACUUCUGCAUGCUUACUUCUUUUUUUCCCUGCUUGCCAUGUGCACUCCUGCCUUCAGAGAGUGGAGGCUUGCCAGAGCGUUGUUUUACUUGAAACUUGCGGCUGUAACGUUUCGCUGAAGACAUGCUUUGCUGCCAAAGCACACUGCCACUGGGCUUAGGAUUUGAAGGGAUCAGUUUGAAGGAUCGCUGAGCAAGUCUUUCUGGUCGUGCCAGUUGUGAGACCAAACAAUUCUUUCAAAAAAGAGUCUGUAUGUUUGUAAUUCUCAUGAUUGGCAGUAUCUGGUUAUUUGAGUAACUAACUGUGGUAAGGUUGAGUUCAUUGAGUAAGACUUUGCCUGAUUUGUUUUAUGUAUUCCACUUUUCUCCUGGGGAGGAAGAAAUGAACCGUGGUGUCCAGUUUCAGAGCUGCCCAGAUUCAAAUGUCGAUGGUGCAAGCACGGCUGUGUGUUAAAUUGACAGGACGGCUUCUCAAAAGUCGCACCAUUCCGAACUUUCCAUAGACCUCUCACAAUGCUGCUUUAUAUGUCUUGUUUCCUGUACACCCCUUGCAGCUUCACAUAUUGAUGAAGGGGAACAGACUAUUUUUCCUUCCAGCCUCAGUGUGGUUACAUUGGUUUGAAUGAUAGAAAAGCAAGAUGGCUGCCCCCAUGAUAAAUGGACAUUGCACAUCUGUGACUGGCUCCUACAAAAUGAAUCUUGGGGCUAUUCUUUCCCCCAGUAAUUUGUCUCGGCUCACAUUAGAAAGAGCAACGUGAGCUCUCUGUUUGGUAUCCAGACAAAAAGUUGACAUUUUGAGGGUGAAAAAUGUCGAGGGUUCUAUCGAUAUCCAUUAUGCCAGAUUCUUUUCGAAGGCCUUUAACUUGAAGCUGUUUUGGCAACUUUGGACUCACUUUGUUAGGUUGGGUCAUCGACAUAUUACAUGCUUCAAUGGUCCGGUGAUCAUUUUGCAACUGGUACUUUCCAUGCAUGGCUUAAUUCACGUACUGUUUGAUCUAAGCUCUACGUCUUGUCAAAUUGAAGUAAAUAACAUAGGCUGUUCGUUCGGAAAGUUACAUGUCUCUUUUAAGGACUGCUGGUAAGUCUAUUGCAUAUCACUAAGCAUUCAUUGACGGGCUUCCUUUAACAAAAAUUCCGACAUCUUGUGACUGUCUGUGCUGAUGUAAGUCGCAACAUCUUAAGAUGUUGUGCAAUUCCCGCUUGUCAUUUCAUCCACAAUGCUUUCAUUUUUUUUUUUAACGUGACCAUUGUACGUUACUGUUAAGAACAAUAUAUAUGCAUGCUUACAUGUUUCCAUGCUGUGCAGUAUCUAAACUACACGUGUCAUGCGCGUUGAGCGUCAACGCACAUGUGGUAUGGAGUGCUUUUAUUGAAAUACUUUUGGUGGAAAAUUCAAAUCAUAAUCAUAAUUAGGGCAUUUUAGGGUGUACUGUGUCGUGUGACUCUACCGAGGGUUGGGUCAUGCUGUGUCCAAUCACCCCCCCCCAAAUUUUGGAUGUUUAAACCCCACCCACCCCUCUAAUCUGUGGCAUGUUUGGAUUCUGUUUGAUUUUAAUAAUAAGAAUUAUAAUAAUAAUAAUGAUGAUUUAUAGAGCGCACAGAUCCACCAAGGUGCUCAAGGCGUUAGCGCAAAGAAAUUAAUGAAAUGCCUCAUUGAAGAGAGGAGUCUUCAGAUCCUUCUGAAACUUCAGGAGAGAAGGGGAAGAUCGUAACCAUGGCGGUAGAUUGUUCCAAAGACAAGGUGCAGCACAUGAAUACAGAGCGAUCUCCCCAUGAAUGAAAUGACCUGGGUUCCCGAAGAAGUUUACUGGAUCGAAGUCUACGUUUUACACCAGUAUCGACGAAUUUGGUCCAAAGUUUUGGGCGAUUUGGUCAACUGAAGAAACGAUGGCCGUACCCACUCUGGCCAAAAUUCAAAUGAAGGAAAAUGAAAAAAAAAAACCUUUUCACAACACAAAAACUGUUGGCCACUCGGGGCUAAAACCAAACAGGAAAAUUAGUGCUAUUCAGCCACAGUAACCCGUAACCAAAUUUGAACCGAGCCGAAGGGGAUGAAGUUGAACUCGUCCGGUGAUGUGACAUAGAAUGACCCAGUUACCAGCCGAAAAGAUUAGCCAGACUUCUUAAUUGUGUAAAGAGCACCGAUUUAGAGAACUACUGAGAACCGGGUUACAGCGUGUCUGUCUUCCAACACCAAAUUGUAAAUAGCCUAAUAAGGAAAUUGGGUACCACCGAUUUCAAGGGCGGGAAGUAUAUUGUGACUCCAGAAUGAUAGAUAAAUGCAGAAAAAAAAUUAAUCCAAAGUAAGCUCAUUGGUCUUCAGUGAUAAAAAUUUAUUAUCCUAGAGAAUCAAGAUGCAAGGAAUAUUGAUUUGUAUAUGACGAUAUAAAUGACAGUGUAUGAUGUUAAAUGUGCAUGUAAAAUAAUUCAGCAUCAGGAGUAAGUCUUUUAACAUAAAACUGCCGCACUGUUGAAAGCUUAACAGUUUGAUGAAGUCCCCGCUGAGACGGAAAACUCCAGGUUGCGGGAGGGGUUUGUUCACAAGGAAAUGCCCUGCGUCUCAACAAACCAGCUAAAAUUCCUCCAAUUCAUUUGCAGAUUAUGAGAUGUUGUUUUUACCCAUUUGCAUCGUUGAUGCUGAUUGGCCGUACCCAUGGCAACCGUGCAUGUUGUGCUUCGCUCUUUGAAUGCAUAUGUUUUAGGAUUAUAGCCAUUAUUCUUGAGGCAAUUUUAAAUGCAUGAAAAUUUCAGGGCUAGAAAGGUCAGUCAAUGCAGACACCAUCUACGUGUUAAAAAAGCAAAGUUCAAACGUAAGUGAUACAUGUAUUUAUUUUUGAAGCACGUCACGUGUGACUUUAAGUGCAACUUUUUUACCUUGCAAAACUCACCUGAGUAAUCUUACCAAAGUGUGUUAUUGAUUUUUAUAAACGAUUCAAGCAUUCUUUGCCAAAUCCCGUGUUAUAAUGCUUUCUCACAAAGUGACCAGGAACAUUCCCGUCAAUGUUUUGUUUAGUAUAAACAAACUAAUCUGUGAAACCAUUACGUAGAUGAGGUUACUGAAAAGAAACCGUUUGAAAUUGUUCUUGAAAAACCAUUGUUUAUACUCAUCACUGAUUUUCUUGAUUUGUUUGAAGUGUCAUUAUACACUUACUUUGAGUCUUUCUUCUUUCACAAGACUUACUUCCUUACUUCUUUCAUUUUCAGGUGAACUGGUGCCUAUUAUCUGUUUCUUGCUAAGAAAUCUGUUAAUUUCAGUUGCCAAAGUGUUCGGAGCAUGCCGGCCUGUAUCAUUCGGCAAUUUGUGCAGUAAUACACAUAUUGCUGUUUUGGCUCAUAGCACUUACAUGUACAUCACUGUACAUAUACUUGGUACUGGUUCCUCCAAAAUACCCCCUUUAGAGUUUCAACAAUGAGCCCCCAGCUGGACCAAGAGAGGGCGCAAUUUUCCUAGCAACGGACGCUCCUUUGGCCUGAAGUAGCACUUCGCUGGUGCACAAACAACUCUGAAAUGCAUGCAUUUAAGGGUGCUUCGUUAUGAACAGCUGCUCUUUUCAACCGAUGAGGGGGUGCUUCGGCUUGAGGCAGAUACAUGUAGGCUUUUGAAGAUCACAUCCAUGUAGGCACUCCCCAAAUUCUAGAAGUCAUUUUCCUGUUUCGCGGCAGUGGAAAUCAUUGAAUUUAAUACAGAUUUAGCAUUCUCUUCACAUUCAUGGCUCGUACCUCCACUGCCCAGUGAUUUUAAGUUGUACCUGUAUUCAUAACUUGAGGGGGAAAAAAUGCAUAACGUAGCUCCGUCACCUCAGUUAAAAUGUGACAAAGUGGAAGAUCAGGUAAAACACAUCUGUCAUUCUUAGAUGUGCCAUUGGCCAGUGAAAUGAUUUUAAAUGUUGAUAAACCAGUCGUUCUGAUCCAUGUAUAGAGAUUACACUCAGUUAUUUUGAACAGCUCCUGAGAGAGCACCGUCACCAGCGUUUUACGCGAGACCAUCACAAGUCCGUUCACAAGUGCAGUCACAGGUAAAAACAGGGUGAGCAAUGGCAAGUGAGUGCUUUUGUCACAGCUCAUUUAAAUAGCUCGUGAAUUGGCUAAUUAAAAACAGUGAAUGACGUGAGGGACUCGCAAGGACUUGUGAUGGACUCAAAUACAACACCGACCGUCACAGCUCUGAAAAGUUUCCGGUGUAACGCAUUGUUUUCAUCACCAUUUAUGCUCCAUGUGUUAGUACUGCCUCAUCCAUAGAUGGAAAAAUUAGGUUAAUGCUAAUUUUCAAAUAUAAUUCUCAAUAAGACAACAUUGUUUCAUUGUUAAGAAUACAAAUAUACUACAUAUGUAUUUUUUAAUUAAUCUUGCCUAAUACUAGAUGAGAAUCUGGCUCAUUGAGCGUAAUUGAACCUGUGUCAUUUUUUUUUAAGGUAUCCUAGAUCUUUUUGGAAACUGCCCCAGGCUUGAUUGUUGAAAAUAAAACUAGGAAACGUUGCGCGAUGUGAAAUGUGUCGGGUCGUGGGCAGUGUAAAACAACAAAAAAUGGUCACGGCUUCCGAGUCAGUUCUGCCACGUGGAACCUUGGGGAGACACGUCUUUUUCCCGAGUUCACCCUUUUUCAAGAAAGCUUUCCAGAGUUUCAUUGGAUGGCAUUCGCUGCUCGGAUUGAAAUCCCCUCGUAUGAUAACUAGAUACAGAAGGCUUCGGUCAGUUUUUGUGAACAAGUUUAAACAUUGCAUGCAGUGAUAUGGUUUUGUAUUUAAAAGACGAAGCAACUUGUUUUUCUGUGAAGAGGCGUGAAGAAUGUGGCAUGUUUAUAAUGUGACUUGUAAGAAAAGGUCAUGUACAGUUUCAACUUCAAAGUUUGAAAUUCUUGGAUAUAUUCAUUUUAUUGCGUGUGUAGGGGGAUUUUAUUCUCUGUAUUAAAGCUGUGGAAGUUUGCACGUCGGAACGUAUAUACUUCAAAAUGUGUACAUAUUUUAAAUAAGUACAUGUAUUUACAUAUGUGGUAUACUUGGAGGGAAUAAAAGAGUUUUACGUGCAUGAAAGCAGAAA